AUGACUCGCGAAGAUGAGGUCGUAGGCGGGCCUAAUGAUGAGAUCACAUACCCGGAAGGGGGUCUGCGAGCAUGGCUCGUUGUUUUUGGUUCAUUCUGUGGCAUGUUUGCAUCUUUUGGCAUGAUGAAUACUCAGGGCGUAUUCCAGGCGUAUUUGUUCGAGCAUCAAUUGAGUGAAUAUAGCGAAAGUGCAAUUGGCUGGAUAUUUUCUGUUUAUACAUUCCUUUCCUUCUUCUGUGGCAUACAGAUCGGCCCAAUAUUCGAUGCAAAAGGUCCACGAUUGUUAAUCUUCUCCGGAAGUGUCCUCAUCGUGCUUUCUAUGUUGCUUUUCUCGUUCUCGACUCAGUAUUGGCAUUUCAUGCUCACUUUCGGCUUGCUCGGCGGGGCUGGCUCCUCUCUGAUAUUUACGCCUUCCAUCUCGGCCAUUGGACACUACUUCAAUAAGAAACGAGGGAAUGCCACAGGACUCGCCGCGACCGGUGGUGCUUGCGGCGGCGUCGUUUACCCGUUGAUGCUUCAACGCCUAUUCACAGAAAUCGGAUUUGCUUGGGCAACGCGCGUGCUUGCUCUCAUCUUCCUCGUGUCAUGUAUCAUGGCCAAUCUCCUGAUCAGGAGUCGUCUCCCCCCGAAACCCGGCAGCAGCGUCAUGCCCGACGUUCGAAUCUUCCGGGACUUGAGCUUUGCCCUCACGACCACAGGCGUGUAUUUCAUGGAGUGGGGCCUGUUCGUUCCCAUCGCAUACAUCACGACGUUUGCACUCUCGACCGGGACCAUGACGCGUGAUUUCAGCUAUCAGCUCAUCGCGAUAUUGAACGCAGCCUCAAGUAUCGGGCGAUGGGCGCCAGGACUGCUCAGCGACAAAGUUGGACGGUUCAAUUGCAUGCUGGUCGCGCUCUCGUUGUGCGUGGUUAGCUCGUUUGCGCUUUGGAUGCCUGCCGCGGUCUUGCAUGACAAACCUGCUGCUGUCAAGGGGUUGACAAUCGCAUUUGCCGCUAUGUUUGGUUUGUUCAGUGGCAGCAAUAUUAGUCUGACGCCGGUUUGUGUUGGGCAGUUGUGCGAGACGCAGAACUAUGGACGAUACUAUGCGACAUGCUACAGUGUCGUCAGUCUUGGAACGUUGACAGGCGUACCGAUUGCGGGAGCAUUGGUAACGGCAGCUGGCGGGCACUAUUGGGCGGUGGUGUUGUUUACUGGCGCGUGCUAUGUGCUCAGCUCGAUGUGUUUCCUGUGGGCGAAGGUUCUUCGAGUGGGCUGGGACCCGAGAGUGGUGUUCUGA